GAAAGAGGCGCUGCCAUCGAAUCGCUGGAGGGGAUCAGGAAAACGCGUGUGUGUGUUUGGAUUUUGUAUCGUUUUUCCCGGCAAAAUACGCCCUUUCAUUUGAAUUUUCUGUGCUUUACGCGACCAUGAAGGGCGUCUGGGUGUUUUUAAUUCUAUUGGCAGUGCGCCUUUUGUCUGUGUUCUUCGUCAAGACGUCUUACGUUCCGGACGAGUUCUGGCAGAGCCUCGAAGUGGCCCACAAGAUUGUUUACGGUUAUGGCUACCUGACAUGGGAAUGGACUCAGGGAAUCCGAAGCUACCUGCAUCCAUUGGUGAUUGCAGGGCUGUAUAAGGUGUUGGAUUUGUUCCGGGUGGAUUGUGUGUUUGCCCUGACGCUCUUGCCGAGGGUACUGCAGGCUUUGCUGAGUGCCUACGGUGACUGGAGGUUCUACAAGUGGUGCAAUUGCUCAAAGUGGUCCCUGUUUGUCGUUGUGACAUCCUGGUUUUGGUUCUACACCGGCUCCCGGACAAUUAUCAACACCGUGGAAGCCUCUCUUACCACCAUAGCCCUCAGCUUCUUCCCGUGGCAAGGGGAGAGUUCACAUUUCCUUUGGUAUGUGGCUCUUUUGAGCUUCAUCCGGCCAACUUCUGCUGUUCCCUGGAUCCCACUCUGUUUCCAUCACAUUCGCCACUCUCGAGUGCCCCUCUUGAGUCUCCUCCUCAAGCAUUACCUCCCAAUUGGUGCUGUUGUAGCUGCCCUGGGAGUUGGAGUCGAUUUCUUGGGACAUGGAUCACUCAUUUUUACUCCUGUGCGCUUCUUCCGGCUCAAUGUCCUUCAGGACAUUGGCUCCUUCUAUGGAUCCCAGCCCUGGUACUGGUACUUCCUCACGGGAUUCCCAGCUGUCCUGGGCGUUGGACUCGUUCCCUUUGCCCUCUCCGUCCUUGAUACCUUCCGGAAUCCCUCUUCUGCCAAUUACCGACGCAAGAUCCUCCUGGUUUCCAUUGCCACAACUCUCGUGGUCUUCAGUGCUCUGCCCCACAAGGAAUUCCGCUUCGUCCUUCCCAUCUUGCCCAUGUGCCUCUACCUAACUGCCGACGUCCUUAGUCGCUGGAGCCGGAAAGCCAGCAGCACCUGGAUUUGGGCAGUAGUCGUGCUCCUCCUGGUGGGAAAUGCCGUCCCAGCUGGCUACCUUGGACUCUAUCAUCAGAAAGGCACCACGGAAGUCAUGCCGGUUCUGGCCAAAAUCGCCCGGGAAUAUAAGACACCCGAAGGAGAUCGGGCCAGCAUCCUCUUCCUCAUGCCCUGCCACUCAACUCCCCUGUACAGUCACAUCCACAGAAAUGUCACCCUUCGCUUCCUCACUUGCGAGCCCAAUCUGAACGACGAUCCCAAUCACGAGGAAGAAGCUGAAAUCUUCUAUCGCAAUCCCAGUCACUGGCUCGACACCCACAUCCCAGCCUAUCCGCCCAGUGAGACUCCCAGCCACGUGGUGCUCUUCGAUUCACUGAAGCCGCGCAUCCAGGACUUCCUCAGCAAGUACAAGGAAGCCCACUCCAUCGCUCACGCCGAUGUGCUUCUUUCUGAUCGCGUGGGAAAAAAUGUUCUUGUUUAUGAGAGAAAUGACCAAAAGACUGGAAAUCAGCCAUCACAGAAUCAGCCCAAGAAGAAGGUUCCCAGGAAGGAAACACAAUUUGAAGACAAUGCAGAUGCUCGAGAUGGAGAAUUGUAAAAGUUUGUUUACUCAAUCGUACAAAAAAAAGAAAGAAA